UAAAAUAUAAAAGUGUGCCUGCCCUUCAAUUAAUUCGAAGACUAAGACUUGCUCCUCCUUUUUUUGCGUGUAAGCUUUGCCAGCUAAUUAUAAUCGCCGUUGGGAUCUGUACCAAGAGCAACUGUAAACGAGUGGAAGGAACGGAACGGAAAGGACUCGAGAAUAUGCCUUGGCAAGGAGUAACAUCCUGGCUUUGUGCCUCCCGGCAUUCUCGAUGUUUGUUACGCGUUAUUUUGUUAUUAAUUGGAAAUGUAAUGAAGAGUCGGAAUCAGCCAUCAAAAGCUUAUUAUAAAAUUAUAUGAUAUGGAGAAGAACAACGAUGAUAUAUGCGGGAUGCAGCUUCCCGGGUUCUCCGGCGCACAGCAGCGUGGUCUUCUCCAGCGCGAAUCUCACUCAGGGAACGGUGGCCUCCUACAGCUGUGAGCGUGGCUUUGAGCUGCUGGGACCGGCGCGGCGCGUUUGCGACAAGGGACAGUGGGUGCCCGAGGGCAUUCCCUUCUGCGUUUUAAAUGUGGCCGCUGGCAAGGCUCCGAUGCAAAUCUCCACGGAGGGAGCUGGAGCUCCUCAGAAGGCCAUCGAUGGAUCCACCUCCGCCUUCUUCACCCCGGAGACCUGCUCCCUGACCAAGGCAGAGCGUUCUCCCUGGUGGUAUGUCAACCUCCUGGAGCCCUACAUGGUCCAGUUGGUGCGCCUGGAUUUCGGCAAGUCCUGUUGUGGAAACAAACCUGCCACCAUAGUGGUUCGCGUGGGCAACAACCGUCCCGAUCUGGGCACAAAUCCUAUAUGCAAUCGCUUCACCGGACUCCUGGAGGCCGGCCAGCCCCUGUUCCUGCCCUGCAAUCCACCCAUGCCAGGUGCCUUUGUGUCGGUGCACUUGGAGAACAGCACACCGAACCCGCUGUCCAUUUGCGAGGCCUUCGUGUACACGGACCAGGCGUUGCCCAUUGAGCGUUGUCCCACGUUCCGGGAUCAGCCGCCGGGGGCCCUGGCCUCUUACAAUGGCAAGUGCUACAUCUUCUACAACCGCCAGCCCCUGAACUUCCUGGACGCGCUCUCCUUCUGCCGCUCGCGGGGCGGCACUCUGAUCAGCGAGAGCAACCCGGCGCUGCAGGGCUUCAUCAGCUGGGAGCUGUGGCGACGCCACCGGAGCGAUGUCAGCUCCCAGUACUGGAUGGGAGCGGUGCGGGACGGCAGCGAUCGCAGCAGCUGGAAGUGGGUCAACGGGGACGAGCUCACGGUGUCCUUCUGGAGCCAUCCUGGCGGCGACGAGGACUGUGCGCGCUUCGACGGCUCCAAGGGCUGGCUGUGGAGCGACACCAACUGCAACACGCUGCUGAACUUCAUCUGCCAGCAUCAGCCGAAGACCUGUGGCCGGCCGGAGCAGCCGCCCAACUCCACGAUGGUGGCCCUGAAUGGGUUCGAGGUGGGUGCCCAGAUCAAGUACAGCUGCGAUGCGAACCACCUGCUGGUGGGUCCCGCCACGCGCACCUGCCUGGAGACGGGCUUCUACAACGAGUUUCCCCCAGUGUGCAAAUACAUCGAGUGUGGCCUUCCGGCCAGCAUUGCCCAUGGAUCAUACGCCCUGUUGAACAACACCGUCGGCUACCUGAGCCUCGUCAAGUACUCCUGCGAGGAGGGAUACGAGAUGAUUGGACGUGCCUUGCUCACCUGUGACUUUGACGAGCGCUGGAACGGACCGCCGCCGCGCUGCGAGAUUGUGGAAUGCGACACCCUGCCGGGCAAUUACUACAAUACCAUCAUCCAUGCACCGAACGGCACCUACUACGGCUCCAAGGCGGAGGUCAGCUGUCCGCCCGGAUAUCGCAUGGAGGGACCCCGAGUGCUCAGCUGCUUGGCCAGUGGUCAGUGGAGCAGCGCUCUGCCGCGUUGCAUCAAGCUGGAGCCAUCCACGCAGCCCACAGCGGCGCCCACGGUGCCCUCAUCGGUGGCCACGCCGCCUCCCUUCCGGCCCAAGGUCGUGGUGUCCAGCUCCAGCUCCAGCUCCACCACCAACCGCACACCGUACCGACCCGUUGUGUCCACAGCCAGCAGCGGCGGCAGCAGCAGCUCCAGCUCCACGGUGGGCACAUACCCGAGCCUCCGGCCCACGCAGGUGGAGAUCAACGGAGAGUCCGAAUCCGAGGAGGAUAUCAUCAAUGUGCCCGUGCCUGGCACCGUUCGCGAGGAGUUCCCGCCACGGCGCACCGUCCGACCCGUGCUCAUUCCGAAGAAACCGAGCAGCAGCACACCCGCGGCGGCUGCAGUGCCACCGACCACGCAGCACGUGCCCCAGCCGCCGCAGGUUCCCUCCACCUAUGCCCCAUCCCCGCCGCGCAGUCGUCCCAGCGGUGCUCCGGUGGAGACGACCACCCGGAACACUCAGCAGAUCAUUGCCAACUCGCAUCCGCAGGACAAUGAGAUCCCCGACAGCGUCAACAUCCAGCAGAACCAAUCCCCGAAUGUCAAUGUGCCGUUUGCCGUCGACAAUCCCGAUCGCAAGGAGACCAAGGAGGCCAAGCUCAAUCUGGGCGCCAUUGUGGCUCUGGGUGCUUUCGGUGGCUUCGUUUUCCUGGCCGCCGUCAUCACCACGAUCGUGAUCCUCGUGCGAAGGAAUCGAACCACUCAACACUAUCGCCAUCGCGCCUCGCCCGACUGCAACACCGUGGCCAGCUUCGACAGUUCCACUUCCGGAUCCCGGAACGGACUCAACAGGUACUACCGCCAGGCCUGGGAGAACCUGCACGAGUCCGCCUCGAAGAACAGCUCGCACAAUGCCCUGCGUCGCAAGGAGACCCUCGAUCCGCCGAGCAUGACCCGUUCCCGCGACAAUCUGCGCGACAAUAUGCAGCGUUCCCGCGAGAAUCUCGACAGAUGCGGCCGGGACAACUACGGCAUGCGGGAUGACUCCGAAAUGGUGGUCUCCGACGUGUGUCUGAAGGGCGAGAAGAAGCGUCACCAUCACCAUCACCACAAGAGCAGCUCCCGCAACGGCGACUAUCGCGAUCAGUCCUCCGGCAGACGCGAACACCACCGGCAUAGUGGCGGCGGCGGCGGCGGCGGUGGUGGAGGUGGUGGCGGCCACUAUUGACCAACCAUGGUCAUCACCAUCAAUGUGGAGCGGCAGUAGCCAAAAACAAAACAAAACAAAUCGACGAGGAUGAGGAUGAGGAUGAGGAUAAGGAGAAGUCGGAGUAGGAAGUCGGAUUUGGAAUACAAAAUCUGAGAGCUGCAGCAGCGAGCGCAACAACGAAACGUUUUUUGUUUAAUUUUAGCAACAGUUUUUUUUCGCGCUUUAGUUAUGUAAGAAUGAGAAGAAGCCAGGAUCUGGAUCAGGAUCCACGGUGGCUAAUGAGGAGGAGACUUUUCUGUUCAUAGCGAAAACAUGGAGCAAGAGGUCCUUGGUCCUUUAACUUGCAAGUCAAUACUUAGCUAUAUUCAAGAGGGAGAGUUCUGAGAGAUCUGGAGAUUUGCAAGCUAUGAGAGAUUUCCUCGGAGCAUCGAUUCCAGUCCCCAGAUUCUCGCGGAAACCCCCAGAAAUGAUAUGUUUAUCGUGCGUGCUUAACACUCGACCCGUAUAAUUUAUUCGCAAAGCUUUCGUAAGGUUCUUAGUUAAAUUUUCUCUAUGAAUUAGUUUUAUGUAAAGAGAGAGUGAACAGGUCCGAAACAAAACAAAACAAAAGAAAAAAAACAGGAAAAUAGAAAGGCGAGGCGUAGUAAUUAGUUGCAAAGCACCAGCACACCACGCACACACCUCGAACAUCCCCAAUCCCUUCAACGCUCACCGCACACGUUCCCCCGUCUUCACCCCCAGCAAGCAGGAUCACAGCUGCAGCCAAAUUAUGUGCAACUUGGUUUCGUUUGAGGUCUCAAGCCAAAUCGACUUGCUCAUAGUCGCAAAUUAGUUACGUAAACCCCUACACACUAGAUACAAUCGAACGAAGCCUCCACCCAAAAGUCCAGAGGAAGUCGAAAGCGAAAGCGAAAUCGAAAUCGAAUCAAUCCAUUCCAUUCCACUUCUAUCAGUAACCAUUAUGUUUGUAUCCCACUAUCAUUAUUACAUUAUAUGUGUAUCGCCCUGUAUUUGUAUUUCUAGAGCCUUGUAAUAUUUAGAUUUUGUUUUCAAGUGUGUAUCGCCAGGGGCCGCCCGGGCAUGCAAUAUUAUU